GUGGCUGUCCUUUCUCUCCGCAACCUUCAUCUUAUCUUUUAAUUAAAACACCAGUUCAAUGUAUUCCAGUACCUCUGUGAUUUUCCUUGCACCCUUUUGUGUCAGACAUAUGCUGGCUUUAACAUGUUUGCUUCACACUGCUUUUGGGCUUCUCUUAUUUUCAUACAUUGUGAAGUAUAGUUUGAUUUUGUGCAAGCAAAAAUGGCUGCAGCUGCAUUGUGUGCAAGCCUACAUCUGCAAGGCAGUAGUGUCCCAUCAGCCUUGUUACAUCGCCUUCCAUGCCAAAACUCGUCCACCUAUCAUUAUUCUCAGCUCCAGCAUAGCUAUUUCAAAAGUAUUGGGUUUCUCUCUGCACUCAAUUAUAGAAGUAGCAAUAGAGAUGAUGAUUCCUCCAGUGUCUGUAGCGUUGGGAGUAGCGACCAUUCAUCAAUAGGGAGUGAAAGCCAACUACCUACAAGGAAAAAAUAUCAAAAUAAAGAGACCCAAAAUGCAACAGACUUUUCCAUGGACAUCCAGAACGGGAGCAGAGGUGGAAUGACACACAUGAGUAGAAAAGUGGUGCAGGGUCGAAAUUCUGAGGAAAGCCAACUCAAUAAAAUGAUGCUUAAAGCGUGUGAAGAACGUGAUUUGGAAAGGGCUUUUAACUUGCUAGAAGAUAUAGUGAAAAAAGGUUACGUUCCUCGUGUUCAUCUAUGCUCACGGCUUAUUGUUAGACUAUGUAAAUGUCGCAGAGUCAGUAGAGCCAGUGAAGUACUGGAAAUUAUGUUGAUGUCUGGUUGUGAGGUUGACAUGACGACAUAUGCUACUUUGAUUAAUAGGUUCUGUAUCGCGGGCGAUAUGGAUUCUGCAUUUCGGCUCCUGACUGACCUGAGAGAACAAGGGCUUUUCCCGGAUUUUAGGAUAUAUAAUCCUAUUUUACGAGGAUUCUGUAUCCAAGGCGAUUUGGAUAUGGCUUCCAAGUUUUUAGACGGGAUUUUGCAGGAUGGUUUUGUUCCAACUAUUUAUACUUAUACUAUAUUGGUUCAUGCAAUUUCCAAAAAAUAUGGGGUGGAUGAGGCAGCAAGAGUCUUCGAUGUGAUGAUAAGCAAGGGAUUUGUUCCUAAUAAUGUCGCAUACAAUGUUUUGAUCAGGGGGCUAUGCAAAGAAGGAAGAUUGGAUGAAGCUGCCAAAUUGAUUGAUGAUAUGCAAUUCAAAGGAUGCCAACCAUGUGUUAUUAGUUACGCCACAUUGUUCCAAGCUUACUGCAGGGCAGAAAGCUGGGGAGAUGCAGCCAACCUUCUGGCUGACAUGCACAAGGCUGGUUGUACUCCAAAUGCUGUCAUUUAUGGUAUGCUAGUCCAUUCUUUGUGUGAAGCAGGACACCUUACUGAUGCUGUUGAUAUUUUGGAGAACACGGUGAAGGAAUACAUUCCUGAUGGAACAGGAUUCAAACCAGUCAUUGCUUAUACCUCAUUGAUGGGAUAUUUAUGCAAGGCAGGUAGGAUAGAUGAUGCAUUAGAGAUGCUAAAAAGGAUGAAAAAUACAAACUAUAAGCCCAAUUUGCACACCUACACUAGCCUCGUUCGUUAUCUAUGUGAACAACAUAGGAUAGAUCUGGCAAUUCGUAUAUCCAUUGAUAUGUUUGCAGAGGGGUGGAAGCCCAAUAAAACUAUUUAUAUUACUCUUAUUCGAGGUUUAGUUGCCGAAAGUAUGACAGAUGAGGCUAUGAAGCUUUACAAUGAAUUGACCGCUAGAGGUGAUAUCAAUCUGAAGCUUGAUUCAUUUGAAUCAAUAACAAAUGCAUGUGCAAAACAGAAGACUACGAUGGUGAACUUCAUGUAGAAAGCAACAUUUAGAUCUAUGGGUGGAUUCAUUGCAAGAGCCCUUUGUAAGAGGACUAUGGUCUUCUGUGCUUCUUAGAAAUUCCAAUCAGCAAGCUGAAUCGAAGAUUCUCAUCCAGAUUCACAUCCAAGAGGAAUGUAAACCUGUUUAUAGUAAUGAAGUAUUCAGAUCACACAAGCUAUAGACUAAUGUGGAAUUUACAGUAUUGAACAUUAUCGGUGGAUGUAAUUGCCUGGUUAGUAUCUUACAAAUUGAAAACUUAAAUAGGGCCCUAUUCAAUGAUUUGAAUUUUAUUUAAUAUUUCAAAUUUUUAAGGGUGGCAUUUUAGGCACUAUAAUUAUGGAAUGCUAAACUUUUCUGUAGGUUUUUAGUCUUUGCUUAUUCGAACCUAGGGAGUAAUGAUUGGUGCAACAGAAGUGACAGUGCAUACAAUAUGGUUUCAUUUGUUUCACUUUAAUUAUAUAGAUUUGUGCACUUCAG